AUGUUUAGGAGAAGAAAUAACAAUAAAAAAAUUAUAAGAUAACCUCAAAUUAUUGACCUAGUCGAACCCGAAUAGACAGAGAUUGUUGACAAAGACUUAUUAAAAUUGAAGCAAUUAUUGGAUGAGAAAAAUUAUUAUGAAGCCUUCGCUGAGAUAGAAGAAAAAAUCAAAGAGAACGAACUUCUAAAAGAUAACAAAAAGAACGACGAAGAGCUAUUAAUGCAUAAAUCAAAUAUUUUAAUAAGAUUAGAUGAAUAUGCAGAGGCUCUGGAAUGUGUUAAUAAAGCACUUGCUAUAAAUCCAGAAAAUAUAUAACUGCAUUAUCUCAAAGGGAUAGCAUUAGUUAAGUUAGAGAGAUAUUAAGAGGCAUUCGAAAGUUUUUCUAAGAUCAAACCCCAAAAUCAAACAACUCUAAUUUACGUUGGGUUAGCACUAGAGAGCUCGGAUGCUUAUAGUGCAGCUUAUAAUUUUUAUUAGGAAGCGUAAAAGUUUGGUGAGAAUUAAUAGUUGCUGAAUAUUCUGAAAGCAUCAGCAUUAGUUGGUUUAGCAUAUUACGAAUAGGCUAUUGAGUUGUGCGAUGAAUCAAUUUAGGAAAACGAGAUUGAUAAAUUUGCAUAUUCUGUUAAAGCAAGAGCAUUACUUAUGUCAUAUAGAUACGAAGAAGGCUUAGAAGCUUGUGAUGAGAUAAUUCAAUUAGAUGAAAAUUAUUCACAAGCCUAUGAUAUCAAGGGAAGGAUCUUAGCAGCUUUAAAAAAGAGUCAAGAGUCAAUUCAAUAUUGUCUAAAAGCUAUUGAAUUAAGUUAGACUAAUUAUGUACCUUAUGCUACCAUCUCUGGAGCAUUAAUUUAAUUAGAUCGCUUUGAAGAGGCAAUUGAAUAUGCUGACAAAUCACUUGAAAUUAAUCCAAGAGGUAACAUCGCACUUGGCAAUAGGGGAUAUGCGUUAUUUAAUUUAAAUCGUUAAGAAGAAGCAGUCGAGUGUUUUGACUUAGCCCUUGAAAUAACACCUAAUCAUCCUUUGAUAAAUUUACUUAUGGGAAAAGCAUUAUUCAAUUUGGGUAGGGAAGAAGAAUCUAUUGAAUACUUCAAUAUGGCUAUAAAAAAUAAUCCAAAGUGUUAUGAUGCUUAUUUGAGGAAAGGUAGAAUUCAAUCUAACUUAAUCACUUUAGGAAUGACAUUAUAUAAUUUAGACAGAUAUCAGGAGGCUAUUGAAAGUUUUGACUAAUUAAUCUAAAUAUAACCAACUAAUUAUGAAGCUUAUUUUCAGAAAGGAAGGUGUCUAUAUAAUACAGGUAGAUUUGAAGAGGCAAUUAUGACUUUAAAUUAAGCCCUUAAACUCAAUGGAAAGGUCUAUUAGAUUUGGAAUACUGCUGGAAAAUCGCUAUUGAACCUAUAUAAAUUCGAUGAUGCGCUUGCAUGUUUUAACAGAUCCGUUCAAUUAAACCCAUAGGAUGAUGCAGCUAAAUGUCAUAUUGGAAUUACAUUAGAGAAGAUGGAUGAAGAUGAUAAUGCCAUAUAUUGGCUUGCUGAAGCCAUAAAGGUUAAUCCAAGCUGUCAUCUUGCUUACAUCCACAUGGCAAAAACUUUAUUAAAAACUGGAGACUUUAAAGCAGCAGUUAAUUCUGCACAUAGAGCUAUAAGUAUAUCGCCUUUGAAUCAAGAAUAUUAAUAGAUUUAUAUCAAAGCUAUAUUUAUGUACAAAUUGUCAUUAGGGGCUCAGGGAUAAGAAGAAUAGCAAGAAUAAGAAGAGCAGCAAGAAGAAGUAGAAUAGCAAGAACAAGAACAAGAAGAAUAAGAUGAGCAGCAAGAAUAACAAGAAGAAGUAGAAUAGCAAGAACAAGAACAAGAACAAGAACAAGAACAAGAACAAGAACAAGAACAAGAACAAGAACAAGAACAAGAACAAGAACAAGAACAAGAACAAGAACAAGAACAAGAACAAGAACAGGAAUAGCAAGAACAAGAAGAACAAGAAGAAUAAGAAGAAUAGCAAGAAUAACAAGAAUAACAAGAAUAGCAAGAAUAACAAUAAUAACAAGAAUGAAAUAUGAUUAGAAAUAAUAUUUAUAAAAAGCAAUUAUUAUUUC